AUGUCAAUAUCAGAACUCACCGAGCAGCAACGAGCGACUAUCGGCGAUCGCGCGCGAGUAUGGGAAGUCCGACGCUUCUGCCAGGUGCUGCCAUCUGUCGUCAAAUACGUGCGUGGUUCGGACGCUGGCCUCACGAGCAGGCCAUUGGAGCCACACGGCAGAUACGUCAAGAAUGAACCAGACGGCGCGCUUGCUGCGUUGCUCCGUUGCGUCAUCCAUCAAACGGGCGCUGAUCUGGCCAUGGUCAGCUUGCUAGACGACCACACGCAAUACUUCAUCUCGGGGGCCAGUCGGGCCAACGCAGAUGAAGCCAAGGUCACCUUGGAAGACUCAACGCGAUGGUACGGAUGCGAGUCGGUAACUCAUCACGGUGGUCUGUGCGAGCGUACCAUCACGCGGCAGAAUGAGCCAGGCGGGAGCAUGGCACUCUACGAAGAGCUUGAUAUGGCUGAAUUGGAGAGAACCAAACAUCUCCCAUUUGUUCAGGGUGAUAUUGCCAAGUUCAGACAUUAUGCUGGUGUUCCUUUGAACCCCUAUGGAGGACCAAACAUUGGCACUGUGUUCACGUUCAGCUCAACGCCGUCGCACGGUGGGCUCUCGGACGCCCACCGCUCGUACUUGUUUGAGACAGCGUCACACAUUAUUCGUCAUCUGGAACAAGCAGUAGAAGCACUGGAGGGUAAGCGUGUGCUCAAGUUCAACCAAGGUGUGGCUUCUCUACUCAAGAUGGGUACGAGCGCAGGACUGGCGGCUCAGCCUGCUCACAAGAAUCUUUCAUCAGGCGGCCAUACUGAACAUGAAGUUCUGGUGUCAAACCUCUAUCCCGCUGCAGCUCUGCAGCUGUACCAUCUUUCAGCUACAUUGCUCUACGAUACUUUCGAAUUUGACGGAGUUCGCAUCCAAGAGUUGGGCUCCUCAAGCAACAAGAACCCCAUCUGGAACGGCUCCAACGUGCUAGCCGAGCAUCUCGGACCAAAAGCGCACAGGCCUCAAGAACUAAGCCACAGUCUGACAAGCAGAUUGCUUGAAUUAUUUCCACAUGGGGCUGUGUUCCAAUUACUCAAUGACACUAGCGACAUCGUUGUUGCUACGAGCGCAGACGACGUCGCUUUAGUUGAAGAUACCCUCAUACUCAAGGAGCUUUCGAAAACCUUCCUGCGGGCAGAGCAGAUCGUCUUGAUGCCACUGUGGGAUGCGUUUCACGAACGUAAUAUCGGUGCGGUCCUCGGGUUCGCCGAGAAUCAGUCAAGAGUCUAUCUCGGCUCGACGGAUCUUGCUUCCAUUUCAGCAUUCUGCACCACGAUAAUGACGCAAGUGCGGCGUCUCGAAGCUCAAGCUAUAGACAAGAUUAAAUCAGACUUUCUCGGAUCGAUCUCACAUGAAAUGCGGACACCUCUUCAUGGCAUACUAUCAAGCCUUGAGCUUUUAGCGGACACACCACACAACGCACACCAACGCGACCUGCUGGAGACGGCAAGAUACAACGGCGGUAAAGGCAUCUCUUCCGGCUUCAUCCGCCAUUCAAUCUUUGACCCAUUUUCUCAGGAGGAUCCCAUUGCAGAAGGUACUGGCCUUGGACUUUCCAUUGUCAAGCAAACAGUCACUAUGCUGAGUGGUGAUGUGCAGAUUGAGUCAAACAAGAAAGAAGGCUCUACAUUCACUGUCACACUCCCAUCGAGCCAGGCACUUUGUGAGGCAUCAGAAGAUGUGUCAGGGAGCUCAAAUUCGCAGGCUGGUACUGCUGAGCUACACCAGCUUGACAUGAGUCUCUUUACACCGACGCGCUGGAGAUCAGGAGACUCCUUACGGGACCAGCGAUGUACUGCUUUAUUGUUGGGCUCACUUGCGAAGAGUCUAAGCCGGUGGUUCCACAUUCGGGUCAUUCCUUGGGAAAGUGCAAGCAGAGCCUCGCCGUGGCGCUUGCUUGUUGUUUUGGAGGAGGACGAAGACAGUGCACUGCGGGCUCGCGGUGGCGCAUCUGACGAUUACGAGCGCAUCCGUCUCUGCCCUGAUGUACAGACCGCUCCCAGGCAGUACUCAACGCCUUUGAAGGGUGUCGCGACAAUUGCGGGUGCGGUGACUAGUUCAAAAAUCCAGGAUGCGCUGGCGCACUUGUAUCCUAGCCAAGUCCCCCCCUCUGAGCUUCGCCACAACUCCGACCAGGAAUCAGUCGCGAAAAUCUAUGAUCAGCAACAGCCAGUAGAAGGGAGCCGCAGCCAAUUACGCGGAGACGCAACCGACGAAUGUCGUGCUGCGCCAACAGCAUUGCUGUCCCGGUUAGAACUCGAGAGGAGCCCCCAAUUAGACGGCGAGGAAAGCGGUGGGCAGCCACUGGCAAUGCCAGCCGCCAGCCCAGCGGUCACUCCAGAGAUGAACAUGGCAGCAAGGUCUAAUGGAGCCCAACCCGACCACCGAGACGUACAAGCGCAUACUGAGCAAGCAGAAGAGGCGGCAGUCUGUACAUCACCAGAGGCAGCUGUGGCAGAGCCUAGGCUGCUGCUGGUAGACGAUAACGCUGUAAACCUCAAGGUUCUUGCCAUGUAUGCAAAAAAGUGUAGCAAGGCAGGUGCAACACCUGUCGGCGGUGGCCAAGAGGCCAUCGAUGCCUUCAAGAACGCCAACGGGUCCAGCGACGACACGGCUCCGCAACCUUUCGAUCUCAUUUUCCUCGACCUCUCUAUGCCCGAGGUCUCGGGCUUCGAGGUUGCGAGGGAGAUACGGAAGACGGAAGCGCGGUCAGGGUGUAAGAGGACGUACAUAUGCGCACUCACCGGGCUGGUGAGCGAAAAAGACCGCAAUGCUGCGUAUGCUUCGGGUGUAGAUAACUACCUUGUUCGACCAACGAGGCUGCAGGACUUGCAGGGCGUCAUUGAGAUGUGGCGGGAUAAAUCAAGCGAGAAAUGA